GCCGCCUGGGCCCCGAGCGCCAGCCAGCCCGUGAGUGGGUCCCGCAGCCGAACGCACCCUGGGCGAAGCCUGGCGGCCGCCAAGUUACCUUUAACCAAGAGAGCAGAUCCAGCUGAGCUUAGAACAAUAUUUUUGAAGUAUGCAAGCAUUGAGAAAAACGGUGAAUUUUUUAUGUCCCCCAAUGACUUUGUCACUCGAUACUUGAACAUUUUUGGAGAAAGCCAGCCUAAUCCAAAGACUGUGAAACUUUUAAGUGGAGUGGUGGAUCAAACCAAAGAUGGAUUAAUAUCUUUUCAAGAAUUUGUUGCCUUUGAAUCUGUCCUGUGUGCCCCUGAUGCUUUGUUUAUGGUAGCCUUUCAGCUGUUUGACAAAGCUGGCAAAGGAGAAGUAACUUUUGAGGAUGUUAAGCAAGUUUUUGGACAGACCAGAAUUCAUCAACAUAUUCCAUUUAACUGGGACUCAGAAUUUGUGCAACUACAUUUUGGAAAAGAAAGAAAAAGACACCUGACAUAUGCAGAAUUUACUCAGUUUUUAUUGGCUGCUGGAGGUAUCACAUCCCGUCAAGUUAGCUUCUCCUAUUUUAAUGGAUUUAAUUCGCUCCUUAACAACAUGGAACUCAUUAGAAAGAUCUACAGCACUCUGGCUGGCAACAGGAAAGAUGUUGAGGUGACUAAGGAGGAGUUUGUUCUGGCAGCUCAGAAAUUUGAUCAGGUUACACCCACGGAAGUUGACGUCUUGUUUCAGUUAGCAGAUUUAUAUGAGCCAAGGGGACGUAUGACCUUAGCAGACAUUGAACGGAUUGCUCCUCUGGAAGAGGGAACUCUGCCCUUUAACUUGGCUAAGGCCCAGAGGCAGAAGCCCUCGGGUGAUUCAGCUAGACCAGUUCUUUUACAAGUUGCAGAGUCGGCCUACAGGUUUGGUCUGGGUUCUGUUGCUGGAGCUGUUGGAGCCACUGCUGUGUAUCCUAUCGACCUUGUAAAAACGCGAAUGCAGAACCAACGAUCAACUGGCUCUUUUGUGGGAGAACUCAUGUAUAAAAACAGCUUUGACUGUUUUAAGAAAGUGCUACGCUAUGAAGGCUUCUUUGGACUGUACAGAGGUCUGUUGCCGCAGUUAUUGGGAGCUGCCCCAGAGAAGGCCAUAAAACUUACAGUGAAUGAUUUUGUGAGGGAUAAAUUUAUGCACAAAGGUGGUUCGGUCCCACUUGCAGCAGAAAUUCUUGCUGGAGGCUGCGCUGGAGGCUCCGCUGGAGGCUCCCAGGUGAUUUUCACAAAUCCUUUAGAAAUCAUCAAGAUCCGUUUGCAAGUGGCCGGAGAAAUCACCACUGGUCCGAGAGUCAGUGCCCUGUCUGUCGUGCGGGACCUGGGGUUCUUUGGGAUCUACAAGGGUGCCAAAGCAUGCUUCCUGCGGGACAUUCCUUUCUCGGCCAUCUACUUUCCGUGCUAUGCUCAUGUGAAGGCUUCCUUUGCAAAUGAAGAUGGGCAGGUUAGCCCAGGAAGCCUGCUCUUAGCUGGUGCCAUAGCUGGUAUGCCUGCAGCAUCUUUAGUGACCCCUGCUGAUGUUAUCAAGACGAGAUUACAGGUGGCUGCCCGGGCUGGCCAAACCACUUACAGCGGAGUGAUAGACUGCUUUAGAAAGAUACUGCGGGAAGAAGGCCCAAAAGCUCUGUGGAAAGGAGCUGGUGCUCGUGUAUUUCAAUCCUCACCCCAGUUUGGCGUAACUUUGCUGACUUACGAAUUGCUACAACGAUGGUUCUACAUUGAUUAUGGAGGAGUAAAACCCAUGGGAUCAGAGCCAGUUCCUAAAUCCAGGAUCAACCUACCUGCCCCGAAUCCUGAUCACGUUGGGGGCUACAAACUGGCAGUUGCUACAUUUGCAGGGAUCAAAAACAAAUUUGAGGCCGGGCGCGGUGGCUCAAGCCUGUAA